CUCCUCCCCCCGGAGAAAAAGACGGGGUGGGGGGAGAGAACCCAUCUCAAGCCCUUCCCUCGCCCCAAAAGACGGCCGCAGAGUCUCCGCUUGCCCAGGUACAGCUGGCAGCCAUGCGCUGGUGGGCAGUUUUGCUCUUUGUGGCGGCUGCAUGGGCGAUGGAUGCCCACGCCAAGGGGUGCAACAAAGCCCUCUGUGCGAGUGAUGUCAGCAAGUGUUUGCUGCAGGAAAUGUGCCAGUGCAAAGCCAACCGUACCCGUUGCUGCCGGCAGUGCGCGUUCUGCCUGGCUAAACUCUGGGAGCCUUGCUGUGAUUGUGUAGGUCUGUGUGAUGAACGCUUCUCCUCCACUCCCCACCCUGCCCAACGAAGUUCCAUGCAUGACUUGGUGUCUCCGGUACCGUCCCUGUUUCGGGCCCUCCUGGCUCUGUCCAACAGCCACCCUGCUCUUGGCUGGAGCAUCAUGACUCUGCCGUUAGAAGAAGAACUUCGGCAAAACCACGUGGAUACCGGACACCUUCUGCUGGGACCACAUACAGACCUGGCACUCCCGGACCCCAACAUCCCCAAGGGCCCGAAUGCAACGGCGCCAGCUUGCCAGUCCAUUUACUUCAACGACUGCCUGUCCAUGAGCCGCUGCCGCGCAGCCUGCCAGUCGGUGGGCGCCUGGCGUUACCGCUGGUUUCACAGCGCCUGUUGCCAGUGCCUGGGCCCAGACUGCCAGGGCUAUGGAGGCGCCCAUGCCAAUUGCUCCAACUGCCAGGUCUGAGUGGUGUUGCUUUUUUUUGUUCCUUGACUCGUAGAGCGUCGCAUGGCCUGCACUUUUCUACACAGCCUCCCCUGCAAACCGCAAGUAGCCAUUACAGGUGGUCCUCAACUUACGACCACAAGGGAGCCCAAUGUUUCUGUUCUUAGGGGAGGCCUUUGUUAAGUGAGUUUUGCUCCGUUUUCUUGCCACCAUUAGGUGACUCCCUGCAGUCCAGUCAUGCUGGCUGGGGAAUUCUGGGAAUUGAAGUCCAACUGUCUUAAUGUGGCCAAGUCCCUGCUCUGGAGAUCAAUAUUUCUCAUAUGCGGACUUCGACUCCCAGAAUUCACCAGCCCUUCCGCCCAUUAUGGUCCUAGGUUGAAUUAGUUGCAAAACAGUCAUUCAUGUGACCCAAUCCUGUCCUUUAUGUGGUGGUCAUUAAGCGAAUGCCACAAUCGCUUAAUACAGUUGCAUCUCCGCUGAUUCUGUCAGAAGAGUCACAAAAUAAGUUGAGGACUGAGCUGUAGUGCUUCCUGCUUCGGCCCGCUUUCCAAACCCAGAUACUUCCAAACCCGAGAACAAAUUUAGGGGGGCACAAAAGACCAUCACCCCCCCCCCCCGUGUCAACCCUGAAGUUGGCUGAACAAUGGCCAUUUUCUUUUUCUAGCCUUUCUCUAGGGUGGUUUCUCUUCUCACCGCUUCAGGGCUGAUACAGCCCGGAGCGAAGGGGCCAGGGAACAGGGUGUAGAGAUAGCUGUGGUGUUGUAGCCUAAAUAAAAUUCUUUCCCCUGGGAAUCAAGGUGGGUUGGUGCAGGCGUCCGAAAGGUGGAGACUGAGGUCGCCUAG